CGGCCCGGGAGGUCAUGGGAACCCAAGAGUCCCAGCGCGAGACGGACAGCAGGCGCGCUGGCAGGAUUGCUGGUCACGAGUCCCAUCCGUUCGAGUGUCGUGCAAGAGGCGACAGCGGCGACGAAAAGCUCUAAAGCUCUGCGGCUGUCUCGUACGAAGUCUCCGUAGCCCCGCAUCUCUACCUUCGAACGCGGCUCCUCCACCCCGGCCCGGGCGCCGCCGACCUCAGCGGCCACAGCGGCGACGUCGAGAAGUGCGCGGCGCGGUCCGCGGCAAAGCGGACUCCUGUUGGCGACUCCCAGCAAGCAGGAGGAGUAUCAAGAUGCCGGCUGUGUCAAAGGGAGAUGGAAUGCGAGGGUUGGCGGUGUUCAUCUCGGACAUCCGCAACUGUAAGAGUAAAGAGGCUGAGAUCAAGCGAAUUAAUAAGGAGUUGGCCAACAUCCGCUCCAAGUUUAAAGGAGACAAGGCGUUGGAUGGCUACAGUAAGAAGAAGUAUGUGUGCAAGCUACUCUUCAUCUUCUUGUUGGGUCACGACAUUGACUUUGGCCACAUGGAGGCGGUCAACCUGCUCAGCUCCAACAAGUACACAGAGAAGCAGAUUGGCUACCUCUUCAUCUCGGUGCUGGUAAACUCCAACAGCGAGCUGAUCCGCCUCAUCAACAAUGCCAUCAAGAACGACCUGGCCAGCAGGAACCCCACCUUCAUGUGUCUGGCCCUGCACUGCAUCGCCAAUGUGGGCAGCAGAGAGAUGGCUGAGGCCUUUGCUGGGGAGAUUCCACGCAUUCUGGUGGCCGGUGACACCAUGGAUAGCGUAAAGCAGUCGGCAGCCCUCUGCCUGCUGCGCCUUUACAAAACAUCCCCAGACCUCGUACUGAUGGGCGAGUGGACAUCCAGGGUGGUGCACCUGCUCAACGAUCAGCACAUGGGUGUAGUGACUGCUGCCAUUUCCCUCAUCACCUGCCUCAGCCAGAAGAACCCAGAUGAGUUCAAGACCUGCGUGUCUCUAGCUGUGUCCCGACUGAGCAGGAUUGUUUCGUCAGCCUCCACAGACCUGCAGGACUAUACCUACUACUUUGUACCAGCGCCGUGGCUCUCUUGCAAGCUGCUGCGUCUGCUCCAGUGCUACCCACCACCGGAGGAUGGCGCCGUGAAGGGCCGGCUUGUAGAGUGCCUCGAGACGAUCCUCAACAAGGCCCAGGAGCCACCCAAGUCCAAGAAGGUGCAGCACUCUAAUGCCAAGAACGCGAUCCUGUUCGAGGCCAUCUCCCUCAUCAUACACUACGACAGCGAACCCAACCUGCUGGUGCGUGCUUGUAACCAGCUGGGCCAGUUCCUUCAGCAUCGCGAGACCAACCUGCGUUACCUGGCCCUGGAGAGCAUGUGCACGCUGGCCAGCUCGGAGUUCUCCCAUGAGGCUGUUAAGACGCACAUCGAGACGGUCAUCAAUGCUCUGAAGACGGAGCGUGACGUGAGUGUGCGACAGCGUGCGGCCGACCUGCUCUACGCCAUGUGUGACCGCAGCAACGCCAAGCAGAUUGUGGCCGAGAUGCUGAGCUACCUGGAGACAGCAGACUACUCCAUCAGGGAGGAAAUGGUGCUCAAGGUGGCCAUCCUGGCCGAGAAGUAUGCAGUGGACUACUCCUGGUACGUAGAUACCAUCCUCAACCUGAUCCGCAUCGCAGGGGACUACGUGAGCGAGGAGGUGUGGUACAGGGUUAUCCAGAUCGUCAUCAAUCGUGACGAUGUGCAGGGCUACGCUGCCAAGACCGUUUUUGAGGCUCUUCAGGCACCAGCCUGCCACGAGAACAUGGUGAAGGUGGGUGGGUACAUUCUGGGGGAGUUUGGCAACCUCAUCGCUGGAGACCCGCGCUCCAGCCCCCUGGUCCAGUUCAACCUGCUGCAUUCCAAGUUUCACCUGUGCUCCGUGCCAACGCGCGCCCUCCUGCUCUCUGCCUACAUCAAGUUCAUCAACCUCUUCCCCGAGACCAAGGCCACGAUCCAGGAGGUGCUGCGCUGCGACAGCCAGAUCCGCAACUCGGACGUGGAGCUGCAGCAGCGCGCCGUUGAGUACCUCAAGCUGUCCUCUAUCGCCAGUACCGACGUCCUGGCCACGGUCCUGGAGGAGAUGCCCCCGUUCCCGGAGAGAGAGUCGUCCAUCCUAGCCAAGCUGAAGAAGAAGAAGGGACCGGGGGCCGUAUCGGUGUCUGACCUGGACGAGGGCAAGAGGGAUGGAGGAGGAGAGCUCAACGGGGCAGGGGAGAGGGGUCCGGAGAGUUCUGUGGUGGCCACCUCCAACACAUCUACUCCCUCUCCAUCUGCCGACCUGUUGGGCCUUCGGUCUGCACCUCCCGUUGGCUCAGCUGCUCAGGGCGCUGGCAGCCUAUUGGUUGACGUGUUCUCGGAGGCGGGACCUUUGGCCCCCGCUUCUGGGGUCAACGACGAUGGCUUUCUCAGAGAUCUGGAACCUGCUACUGAGAACUCUGACGCCCUAUUGGUUGAAGCUCCUGGUGAAUCGGACUCGGAGGAUUCUGCUCCACCUCUCCCAGAAUCAGAUGAGCUUCUCAACAAGUUUGUGUGCAAGAAUAACGGUGUUCUCUUUGAGAACCAGCUGCUUCAGAUUGGGAUCAAGUCUGAGUACCGGCAGAACCUGGGGAGGAUGUACCUGUUUUAUGGAAACAAGACAUCCGUUCAGUUUGUGAACUUCACCAGCACCGUCAGCUGCCCAGGAGACCUGCAGUCCCAGCUGAACGUGCAGACGAAGCCAGUGGACCCCCUCGUGGAAGGAGGAGCCCAGCUGCAGCAGGUCCUCAACAUUGAGUGUUUGUCUGACUUCAGUGAUGCGCCGCUGCUCAACAUCAGGUUCAGGUACGGGGGUGCUCUACAGAACCUCACGCUGAAGCUUCCGCUCACCAUCAACAAAUUCUUCCAGCCCACAGAGAUGGGCUCUCAAGACUUCUUUCAGCGCUGGAAGCAGCUCAGUCUCCCUCAGCAGGAAGCGCAGAAGAUCUUCAAGGCUAAUCACAGCAUGGACAAAGAGGUCCUUAAAGCCAAGCUGCUGGGGCUCGGAAUGGCCCUUCUGGAGAAUGUGGAUCCUAAUCCAGAGAACUUUGUAUGUGCUGGAGUUGUCCAGACCAAAGCCCAGCAGGUGGGCUGUCUGCUGCGGCUGGAGCCCAACAUCCAGGCCCAGAUGUACCGGCUGACGUUACGCAGCAGUAAGGACACUGUCUCCAAGCGCCUCUGUGAUCUCCUGGCUGAGCAGUUCUAGAACCAUCCCGGAGGUGUACAUAGCGGAACUGGGCCUCACCGAGAAACUGCAGCACCUUCCGACGUGCCGAUAUAAGGGAAAAAUAGGUGUCUGUGCUAGACAGUCAUUAUUUGUUACCAUGGAUAUUAUUGAUAUGAUAAUUGUUUUAUUGUAAUCGUGUGUGUGCGCGUGCGUGCGUGCGUAAGGUGAUUCAUGUUGAAGAAUGGUGGAACCCCUCACCCCACCCAACACACUUCCUCUCCCUUGCGUACUUAUGACCUCGUACUUGUACUGACAGCUGAUGGCCAGUGAGGGAAUUCACAAUGAUAAUCGUCACUCUUCCUGGUUCUGAGACAUUUCUUAGAUUUUUGAGCCGAAACUAUUCCUCACAGGUAAAGGGAGACUUGCACUUCAUGUGAACGCGCACAUACCGUACGUGUUCCUGUCGUCUGCUGUUGUGUCCUCCUGCUUCUCGCACUGGUGCUCUAGGCAGCGCCCCGAACGUUGCAUUAUUCCUUCUCGUUUUUGCGUUCUGUGAAGACGUUCUUGGUGCUCAGUGCUUUCCUACAUUCCCGUGCCGUGUCCUCCAGGGCGUUGAGAUUAUGGAGUUGUCUCUUUGCUAUCAUGCGUCAAUUCCCCCCACGCUGGCUCUGUUCAGCUGGUGCACAGUUUCACUCUGUACCACAACCAUCCUCUGCUAAGGACUGCAUUUGUUCACAUACAGAACCUUGCAGUUGAAGGUGGAGGGUCUGAAAGCUUGUUGUACCACUGUGUGUCUGUGUGUUUUUUCUUUAACAUUCCACAAGUUUCCUCGGCCAGUUUACAGAAAAAAGAAUGAGUUUACGCUGUUGAAAAAAAGUGUUGUAUAAGAGGCAACUUGCAGUUGUUCAGUUUUCGUUUACCCUAGCGUGUCCUGACAUAGGCUGUCGGAUGGGUCUGGUGAAGGAGUCGUGAGUCUUUGGGUCGAAGUAUCAUGUUUAUAACACUAAGCUAUUAUCUCAUUCUCUCACACACAGCUGCACGCGUGCAGCGUCGCAGUGUCCGUGUAUGCGUGCACGUGUGCAUGGGCGGAAACGGAUGACUGACGUGUCCUGUCUUUUGUGUGCAGUGGUGUUACCCAGGUGCCCCAGUGCUGCCUAAAGUGCACCAGGUAGCACUUCCGUAGUGGAGUGGAGGUACAACCGCAGUGUUCGCAUCGGCGACAGCAGCACAAAUGAAUCAUUUCGUCUUGCGUUGCCAACUGUCCGUUACAAGUACAGGGUUUGUCUCUCCAUGGAACCUGCUAUCGGCCAGGGUAGUGACGAGUGUGUGUGCGACGUGGGGAGGGAGAGACAGAGAGAGAGAGCGAGUGUGUCGAGUCUGUGUGUGUGAGAGAGUGAGUUUCACUGCAACCCUACUGAACGUUCUGGGGUGUUGUCGUUAGUUCAGUAAGAAGUCACUGUCAUUAUGCAGUUGAGUGUGCGGCUGCAGUCCCAGUGAAGGAAGGGGCCGUCCUCACUCUAGAUGAAUAAGGUGUUGCUGUGUGUGUGUGUUGUGUGUCUUCAGUAUUCCUAGCGCUACAACCCAGUGUAUCCAUGUGAAAUGAGUCAGAUGCUUAAAAUUACUCUGUACUGAACAAUGUGAAAGUAAAAUUAUACCAUGUAUGCA